AUGACGGAAAGCACCGACGUAUUCGGGAAAGAUGGCUGCGUCGAUAUCCUCGAAAAUGAUUUUCUCGCCCGUUACCCUCUAUUCUCUCGACGCCUUGACUUUUUCCAAAGCCAACAACGCAACGGACAACUCUUCACGGACUUCCUGGCCAACCUCAAGGAGCUAUCGAAACUCGCCGACCUCGAUAAACUGUCCGUCGAAGAGAUGUUCGUCUUCUGCGCGCUUCGCGGUACCACGGAUACGUCUCUUCUCGACGACUUCUUAGAGCUGCAAAAUAAAUCGUUGAAAGAUAUUGAAAAUGCCGCCAAUAUCUACGAAAGCAAACUGGUUUCACGAUCGAAACUGAACGGACCGCCGAAGGAUAACGUGAUGAGAAUCUCUACUUCAAAUCAACGCCGCUACACAAAACAAAAACCGAGACAAGAUUUCAAGCCAGAGCCCGCCCAAUCCAAAACCCAACUCAAGCGUCCAACAACCGUUCGUGAGAUGAAAGAGCGCGGACUUUGCACCAGAUGUGGCAAAAGCGGCCACCUCCCCAUCGAUUGUUCGUACGAAAAAGGCGUUGUCUGCAACCACUGCGGGAUAAAAGGUCACAUCGCUCCCGCAUGCAUGGGUCGUGGACGAGUCAACGCCAUCAACGAAAGGGACGCAUCUCCUUCCGCCAACUCCUCCUUCUCCGAUUGA